CAACAACUGCACCUCCUCCUUUUACCCCUCUAAAUUUCGCCGGCACGGGUAGCUCUGCCUGUCACGGGCAAACUUUCACCACACUACGGCCCCGAAACGGUGACGUCCGAGACCCACGCCUCUAGGCCCCCCUAGGCUCUUUCUCCUUUACCCCCUGGGUCUCAACCUCCAUUUUCUCUCUUUCACAACAGCCAUUCGCUUUCUGAGGCCGCGUUGUCCAUCCCAGAAUAACAGCUCGACACGCGCCAAACGUCAAGAAGACAGCUGCCCGCCAUGGCGAACCCAUUGAGUGCCACUUUCAAGUCCAUCUGGCAUACCAUGACCAGUUAUGACCGCCACUCCAGCUACGAUUCCCCUUUCCGAUCUGGUCGCCACGUCCCCCUCGGCCAGGAUGGCCUCACUUCCGUCGCAACAGCCUCCGAAUCCCGCGCAGACAUCACCUCUCCGUAUCCUGACUACAAUAAUCGAAGCUCUCUCAUGCAUCCAGGUGGCGCCACCUCGUACAAUGGUGCCCCGAUCUCACCAGCCCUGCCUCCUCAAAGCCCUGGCGCGAACAGCCCAUACUCUCCCGGCAUGCGAUCCAAGCUCGCGCGGGCAAGCACAGGCGAUGGAUUCGAGAUGCAGAGCCCGGCCGGCGAGAUCCCCAUGCAGUCUUUUGAGGACGGCCAGCCGCCCGCACCGCCCGUCACUCACUCGUGGAAUCGCAUCGACUCGUGGGCUGAGGACAAUUACCCAGAACUCUGGGACCAGCUCUGCGAGGGCUGCACCGUCAACGACCUGAAUGAGCUGGAACACCAGUUGGACUGCACGCUGCCUGCUGAUGUUAGGGACUCUCUUCAGGUGCAUGACGGCCAGGAGAGAGGCGGCAUGCCCACAGGUAUCAUCUUUGGUUCUAUGCUGCUCGACUGCGAGGAGAUGGUGCAAGAAUGGGACCAGUGGCGCAAGGUCAAUCACCAGUUCCUUCUGGACACGGCUAUUGUGAACCCCUCAGCCCCUUCUCGAGCUCUCGGCGGAAGCAGCGAGGCCUCGUCCUCCAAGUCUGCUACCAGCUCGAGCGGCCCCAACAAGCCGAACGAUCUUGCCUGGAGGGAGAAGCUCAUCGCCCGUCAGGACUCGGUCCCCCCCAACGCCAUCCGCAAGGCUUAUGCUCAUGCUGGAUGGAUCCCUCUUGUCCGUGACUGGGGCGGCAACAACUUGGCCGUCGACCUGGCGCCUGGACCUAAGGGUCAUUGGGGUCAGAUCAUCCUCUUCGGCCGCGACUACGACACGAAAUACGUGGUAGCUCGCUCCUGGGGCCAUUUUCUGGCUACCGUCGCGGACGACCUGAACAGCGGAAAGUGGUUCAUCGAUGAGGAUUCACAGGAGCUGAAGCUGCGCGAGUUCAAGGCGACCCGAGUCGAGCCCGGAUAUCUCGACAUCCUGCGAUGGAGGAUGGAUCAGAAAUACGGCCGCCGCGCCGCGAAGAGGAGAUCUGCCCCCCCCACUGGAACUACGUCCCCACCCGUGCCAAGCUCUCCAUAUAGCAGCGCUUCAGAGCCUGCUGGCGAGGCCCGCGGCCGGUCGCUUCACCGCUUGAGUGGUGGCUCUCCACUGGCCAGUCCGAUGCGUCCUGGAUAUGGCAAGGCGAGCCCUCUAGCCCGCGUCACCGAGGAGGGCGUGGCUCAGGAGCUGACUGUUCCCAACGGCAAGGCGAAGGCGGAGAAGCUGGUGGAGGUUGACACGCCUCGUCCCAGCAGUGAGGAGCCUUCCGCUCCUAGGCUCGCAAGCCUGACCAAGGGCGACUCCUCUGAUGAGGCAGAGGCUCUACCUAAAGUCAAUGGAAAGCAGCCUGCCAUUGCGACCGAGGAGGCAAUGAAGGAGAUUGAGAUCUGA